CGGCGCAGACCGCGUUAACGAGCGGCUGAGCACUAAGUGAGCUGAGGUCCGACAGAGACGCUGCUGCUCGAGCAGAAAAAACAAAUAUUGUUCUCAACGUGCUGGUAUCGAUCGAUAUCAAUACUAACUUUGGUAUCGAUACUAUCGAUAUUAGGAUCGAUCCGCCCACCACUACCGCAGAAGAAGAAGCAGCCGGAGUCCGGGCAGGACGUGUGACGCAGGCAGGGCGGAAGUGGAACAGAUCGGCUAUUGUUAGCGUCCUGUUAGCAUCCUGCAGCUAAAAAUGACUUUCAGCCGGUUAUUAUCUCCUGCUUCCCUCCUCCGCACAGCAGGAUCCAGGUCCGUGUUCACCAGCUCCAAACCCGACACCAGCAGACCCAACUGGCUGCGAGUGGGCCUGGCCUUCGGGGCGUCGGCCUUCCUCUGGGCUCUGCUCUUCAAGCAGCACAGCUCGGACGUGCGCGAGUACAAAGUGAGGAACGGCCUGGAGUGAGGAGCAGGGAGAACAUGCAGCCGGCCGGGGGACGUCCUGUGGACGGAGGCGGGCAGCAGGACGUCCCUCCAGAGAGCUGUCAGUGUGUCGUAUUUAUUAAGAAGCGGUGUUGGAUGCACGCUGGAGGAUGAGUGUGAGAACUGUACUGAAAAUAAAGCGUCGCUGUUUGAUGAGUU